AGGGGUUAAUAAUUGAAGUAAUAAAAAAAUCACCUUUAAGUUUAUUUUCACACUUUAAGUGACAAAUUUAAGUUGAUAUAACUUAUUUUUUACCAAUUGAAGUAAUUUCUUUAAGUAGAUCCAACUUUUACUUUUUACAGUGUUUGUUACUUGCAGACAACUGAGAAACUCGAGAUAAUCAAACCUUUUUCCAUUUAGUCAUACAUUUUAUUUAUGCUUAUUUUUAGAAGAAUGUGAGCCUAAACCUCAAGUUUUUGAUUGACAGAUUAUGCAGAAGAGCUCUUUAUAAUAUGAAAAUAUUCAGAGUAUGCACGAAACGCAUGAGUACCUGUUCUGUUAAGAGACUGGGUAUUGGGUAUGAAGUGUAAUGACAUAAGUGUGAAAAGUUUAAAUAAAUGAAAUGCUUAGGGGUGGUUUCCCGGACAGGGAUUAGACUAGUCCUAGACUUAAACACUUUUAAGAGCUCUCCAAACUGAAAACAACUUGCACUAUAUCUUAAAAUACAUAAGUGCCCUUUGUUUUACCUCAAAAUGCACACAGGUAAUGUUUUUAGUAAGUCAUGUUUGUUAAAACUAGUUAUAUUUCCUUAUUAAACUAAGGCCUAGUCCUGGAUUAAGCUAAUCCUGGUCCGGGAAACCGCCCCAUAAAGUUUUAGAAGCAUGUGAUUGGCUGAUCAGAACUGUGACCUGCGGCAGGUAAACACUCAAAUAGAGCAGACUUAAAUAGACUUAAGAGACUUACUUUCUCAGAAAAGCAUCGAAUCAAAACACUGUGUGUGCGAGAGUAUUUAAAGACAAGUAAAGGUAUAGCAGUGAUUCUAUAAGAGUAAAGUGUCAGCCGGUAAAGAAGUGGAGCUUGUUUUUACUUGGCAUUAUAUCACCGAAAACAUGCAGCAAAUCUACACACACAGUCAUGAAGAAUUUGAAGUAUUCACCACUGUGAUGUCUCCUCAAGUUUGUCGGAGAAGAGUAAUAUUCAAGCACCAAGGAGAAAUGGUGGUUGUCCUGACAGGAUACUAUGCAGAAUAUGAUGAUGAGGUGUGUGUCUGUGCCGGUGAAGUCGUGAUGCUGAUAUAUCAGGAAGAUGCUGAAUGGUGUUAUGUUCGACUGCAGAAUGGACGGGAGGGAUACCUGCCCACUGCAUGCUUCACACAGAAACCAGAACCAUUGCCGCCUAUCGUGACUAAGCAGAGCUCCGUACAGGAAUCUCCUCGUGAUCGCCGUGGCUGCACAGAACGCUCUUUGAAACUGCCAAGGCGAGCAUCAUUAUCAGCAGUACCUGGUUCACCUCGAUUACUUCAGCGGCUGCUCACUCGACCCCGUCGACGCAGUGAAGGACAGGCAGCACAUCUAAUCGGCUCCAUCAAUCCUGCAUUCCAUCAAGACUGACUCCGCCCCAAAACUUAAUUCGCUUUAAGCUCCACCCCCAGACCUCUAAGCUCCUCCUUUACCUUACGAUCACAGAAGAACAGAAAUUAAGCCAGUUUAAAACAGUUCAGUCCACAUGUACAGUAACUUCAUUUUACUUGACCUGGUCUUAGGCACUGAAAAUGCACUAUGAUUGUAUCCACUUGACCCAAAUGUACAUAUGUAAAUAUAUUGUAAUAGUUAUUUUCAGUAAAAAGUUUAUAAUCAUAACAUUGUAAUUUUUAUUUAUUAUUGAACACCCCUCCCACAC